AUUUGAAUAUUCGCGUCUCACUCACGUAGGCUAGGAAACGAAAAAUGUAUUACUAAUUUCAGCAAUGCAACUGUACAUGGAUAUCCAUACAACCUUUCAGAAUUUUUUUGAAGAAAACUACACUCUUACAACUAUAGCCGGUGAAGCCCGUCAGUUUUUUACGGCUGUCAAACGUAUCUGCCACCCGUGGAACAUUGAAAGCUAUGUUUACCGUUGAAAGCAUGUUAUUGGAGGAUGUUUCGUUGCUCAAGCACUUUGCAAAUGGCUUAGUUUAUACCGGCUAUAACAAUUGUUCAGCCAAUCAAAAUUUUGGGGCAUAUAAAGAUUCCCGUAUUUAAUUUAAGUCGGCCCCUGCAUAAUCUUGAACAAAAUUUGUUUUGAACUGGCGCGGAUGGAAAGUGAUCGAUUUCUUCUUUUUAUGAAAUGGCAUGUCAAUGAAUAGCUUUUGAACGGCGUUGAUAUUCACUAAACACCUUUGAAAAAGGAAAUAUUGGCCUAGACGAAAACUUAGAACAUGGAAACACCAACAAACGUGUCGUGGAAGACGGAGACAGAAGGAAAUGCUACAACUACUGCACUUUCCACCACAGAGUCGGCAUUAUACGCAAGUCUGGCGGCAGUUUAUUUCGUCAUCAUCUUUGCUUCCAUAUUUGGCAACUCGGUCAUCAUCCAUAUCAUCCGGACGAGGCACUUUCUUAAAAACGCAAAAAAUUACCUUAUCUUCAACCAAGCAUGCGCAGAUUUGAUCAUAACAUUUUCCGUUAUGUGUACCAUGCUGAGUGACGAAUUGUUUUUCACGAAGUGGUUCGGGGGAGACUGGGGCCUAAUAACUUGCGGGUUAUUAGUGUGGGCGAAAUUUCCAGCGCCAUUUUGCUCUAUUUGGAGCCUCACUGCUAUAGCAGUUGAUCGCUAUUUUGCAGUGGUGCGUCCUCUGCAUGUGUCCCCGAUAUCAAAUCAUAUAAAAUUGGCCAUUUCUUUGAUUUGGUUAUGGUCACUCGCUUCAGCUGCAGGGAUGGUCUCCAUGGCAAAGCUAUGGCUCGUCAGCGGUAGUCGAUACUAUUGUGUUAUCGACUUUUCCCGUGUUGAGCUAACCACGAUCAACGUAAUAAGCCUGAUCAUUGAAUUGCUGUUCAAUUUUGCCGUGCCUGUUGUGGCCAUGGCCGUGUUAUAUUCAUUCGUGUGCUGGUAUUUAUUGUCACAUGAAGUGCCUGGUGAAGGCGCCAGUCAGGAUCAAAGGCACGAAGAAGCCAUGAAGACAGCCAAGAAAGUUACCCGGAUGAUGAUUAUUGUUGUCGUUUUGUUUGGCUUAUGUUGGUUUCCUUUUUAUAUAUUUGUUGGUUUAGAUAGUUUACAUAAGGUCGUUCUACCUUAUGCUUCAGUGAAAUUUGUCGUUUGGUUAGCAAACGCCUUCAGUGCAAUCAAUCCUUAUAUUUACUUGUCAUUCAACGGUAGAUUCAAAAAAGAGUUUGUGAUCAUCAUUAGAAAAUUUUGUAGGAUUUGUAACUGUUGUUAA